AUGUGAAAUACGUGAUGUCAACAGAUUAAAAAAUGGCCGUUCUUUACUUUGGGAAGUGACUUCAAAAGUAUACUUAUGGUACAAUAUCUAAGAUUUCAUACCCGCGAUUAUAAUUAAAAUAUAUAUCAAAGAAAAAUGUCUCGAUCUAUUAGAGCUGAGACCCGCAGCAGAGCCAAGGAUGACAUUAAAAAAGUUAUGAAUGUUAUAGAUCGGGUCCGACAUUGGGAGAAAAAAUGGGUUACGAUUGGAGAUACGACCAUGAAAAUAUACAAAUGGGUUCCUGUUACGAGUGGUGAUCCUAAAAAAUCUUUAAAACAUAGAGAGAAUAAAGAAAAUAUGGCAAGGAAAAAUGCAGUGGACUCGUCUAAUUCCAACUCGAAUUUUAGUUUGGCGGAAGAUUCCAACACUUGUUUUUCCACUGUGAGCGACUCACAAGGACCCACAGAUUUUUCCUCAUCUCACAUGACGUUUUCUGAAGACUCAAAUUCUCAAGGAAGUGAGAUGGUGGCCGUUAAGAGACUAAAAACAGACUGAUACUCGAGAGAAUAUUAUAACACGUGUUAAUAACUACAUUUUUAAGGUCACCAUAUUGGUGAUUUAUUUUAAAUAUUAGUUUUUUUUAUGUAAAAUUUUGUAUAUAAUUUAAAUCUUAUUCAGUUGAAGUAGAUACAAUUAAAGCCUUAUAUGUAUUUUAUUUCUUGAAAACAUUCAAAACUACCUGUGACGUUUUGUGUGAUUCUCAAGGAAAUGUUACCAGAAAUUAAUUACUAAAAUGUGAAAAGUCAUCUUUUUCAUACUGUAUUAAAAACUAAAAUCAA